AUGAGGGGCCGGGCAUCCCGGGAGGCAGCGUCCUCGCCCUCCACCCGCCGGAUUCUGACCAAACCCUACGAGGCGGUGGAGGGGAAGCCGCAUGACAAUGUGAACUCAGACCUCAUCGUGGCAGUGGAUGACGAGCUCCGAUCACAGCACACUCGGUAUGUCGUGCAAGACCUCCUGGGCCAGGGCACCUUUGGCCAGGUCUUUCGGUGCCUUGAGAUGCCCGACGUCGGGAGCGGCAGGGGUGGCGAGGUGGUGGCGGUCAAGGUGAUCAAGGCGCAGCCGGCCUACUUCCAGCAGGCCCGCGUGGAGGUGGGCAUCCUGCAGUACCUCAACACCAAGGCGGACCCAGGGAACAAGCACCACAUCGUGCGCAUGAAGGACUUUUUCGUGCAUCACAACCACCUGUGCCUGGUGUUCGAACUGCUCAGCCUGAACCUGUACGAGGUCAUCCGGCGCAACAAGUUCCGCGGCUUCGGCCUGCCCCUCGUCCGGGUCCUGAUCCUGCAGGUCUGCGCAGGGGUGGCGGACAGGGUGCUGCACGACUCCGAGAUCAUCCACUGCGACCUGAAGCCGGAGAACGUGCUGCUCCGCGCCGGCCCCUCCGGCGAGGUCAAGGUCAUCGACUUUGGCAGCGCCUGCUUCCAGACGCGCACCGUCUACUCCUACAUCCAGUCCCGCUUCUACCGCAGCCCCGAGGUGAUCUUGGGCUGCCCCUACACCCCCGCCAUCGACAUGUGGAGCCUGGGCUGCCUGGCCGCCGAGCUGUUCCUGGGCCUGCCCCUCUUCCCCGGCGCCUGCGAGCACGACAUGCUGACCCGCAUCACCUCCACGCUGGGCCCGCUGCCGGAGGGCUUGCUUGGCGCGGGGCGCAACACGCACAAGCACUACGAUGCGCGUGCGGGGGGCCAGGGGCGGCCGGACCCCGGCGGCAGAGGCGGCGAGGCGCGGCCGGGGCAGGGCCUGGUCCUGCGCACGCCGGCCGAGUUUGAGGCGGCCAACGGCGCACCUGCGCCUGUGGGCAAGACCUACUUCAAGGCCGGUGGCCUGGCGGAGAUCGUGGGGUCCUACCCGCUGGCGCCGGGCGUGGGCGAGGCCGAGGCCGUGCGCGAGAGCGUUUCGCGUGCCGCAUUCCUCGACCUCCUGCGCGGCGUGCUGGAGCCGGAUCCGGCGCGGCGCUGGACGCCGCGCCAGGCCGCGCGCCACCCCUUCCUCACGGGCCGCGACUGGGCGGGGCUGGGCGCCUACAUGCCCGCCCCGGAUGCCGGCCCGCGCGCCGCGGCGGCCCCCGCCGGCGCGCCCGUGGGCAUCCCCGUGCCGCCGCGGCAAGGGUCGGCCGCGUCCGGCGCGGCGCCCGCGCCGCCGCGGCAGGCGACCGUUGCCGGGGUGACUGGGUGGGGCGCGCGCGACGCCGGGGUCGCCCCCGCGCAGCAGCCAGUCGGCCUGGAGCUGUCGGGCUACCACGCGGCAGCGCUGGCGGCAGCGCUGGCACGCGGCGGCACCAGCGCCGGGUCGCUGCCCUCCCUCUUCUCCCCGCCCUCCCGCUCCUUUGCGCACCAGGCGCGCUGGAUGGAGGGCCACGGCAGCUGGCGCCUGGGCGACGGCGAGGCGGCGGCCGCGCUGGACGCGCCGCUGCCCUCCUCCUACUCCGGCCUGCUGCCGUUGCUGCCGGGCGGGUCGGUGCACCUGCCGGGUUUCCAGCCCUCGUCCGUCAGCUCCUACGCCGCCGCGCUGGCCCAGGCCCAGGCCGCGGCCUACGAGAGCCAGGCCGCCGCGGCCUACGAGGUGCAGGCCCAGCUGGCGGCCGCGCAGCAGGCUUACAUGGCCGCCGCCGGCGGAUACCCGGGCUCCUACCCUGGCGGCACCUCGUACCCGGGCGCCGGCGCGGGCGCAUUCCCCCAGGCACAGGCGGCGCAGCAGCACCUGCUGCUCCAGCAGUACAGCGCGCAGCAGGCGCUCGUGGCGGCGCAGCAGCAGCAGCAGCAGCAGCAGCUGGCGGCCGCUCAGCAUGCGCAGGCGGCGGCGCAGGCGCAGGCGCAGGGGGUGCCGCAGGCUGGCUGGCAGUCUGCCGCGAUGCCGACCGCCGUGCUGCAUGGCGCGCCGAGCGGAAGCCUCGGCCCGGGCAUGCCCAGCCCAGGCUUCGAGGACGGGCCCGAGCCGGGCGACUGGAACCCGCUGUGGAGCGACGACGUGCUGCAAGAGGAGGACGCGGCGCCGCGUCCCCUGCUCUCCCCGCCCUCCUCCAGCUCAGCCCUGGGCAGCAGCCUGAGCCAGCGCCUGUCCCACCCGCCGGCCUCGCCCUCCGCACCGUCUGCGGGCCCGCCCGAGGCUGCCGCCGGCGGCUGGUGGCGGCAGAGGGCGCACGGCACGUCCCUGCCCCCGCCGGGCCCGCACUCCCUGGGCGCCUCCCGACGCAGCCGGGAGGCAGGUGGGGGGAGUGCCUACCCCGGCCCCCGCCACCAGGCCGAGGCGCCGGCCUACACGCCGGCGCACGCGCCCGACUGGGCGGCGGCCUGCGCCCAGAUCCAGGCCGCCGCGGCCGCCGCGCAGGGGCACAGCCACGGCGCCGACCCGCGCGAGUGGCCGGCGGCGUCGGCGGGGCUGGCCUCGCCCGCCUCGUCUUUGCCUACCACGCUGGGGGGGCUGAACCUGGCGGGGCGCAGCCUGGACGGCCAGGGGUACGAGGCGGGGACGAGCGUGCCCGGGUUUGGAUUCCAGCCGGCCGCAGACGGCUCUCGGUCCAGCUGGCAGGGGGCGCAGCAGGGCGUGGGCAGCGUGCCGGGGGUCCAGGCGUGGAUAGAGGCCAGGACGCAGCAGCAGCUGCAGCCCAGCCCCUUCCUGUACCAGGCCGGAUAUGGCGGCGGGUGA